AUGAAUCUCAUUAAACAGUUGAGGGAGAGGACAAGUGCGCCGAUCAAGGAAGUCAAGUCUGCUCUUGUUGCUUGCCACUGGGAUAUUGGGGCUGCACAGAAGGAGUUGAGAAAAAGAGGAGUUGUUCUUGCAUCAAAGAAGUCUUCUCGAACUGCGGCCGAGGGAUUGCUUGCAGUAGCUCAGGAUGAAGAGAAGGCUGUGGUAAUUGAACUCAACUGCGAAACGGACUUUGUUGCCAGGAAUGACAUUUUCCAAUGUUUGGUGAGUAUGAGAAUUAGUUUCUUCCUCUGCUCAAUUGACUAUCAUUCUCCAUCUAUUCGGCACUUCCUUAGGCCUGGUUUUACUUUGUUGUUGUAUGUGAAUUUCGACCAUCCUAAGCUAACUGGAGAGAGAACUGUACAGAAUGCAAUUGUAGAGGUUGCUGCAAUGAUGGGAGAGAACGUCACACUUAGAGGAGCGAUUACAAUACCCGCGCCUUCACAUGGUGUUUUGUCUACAUAUCUCCAUACUUGUCCCCAACCAGGUAUAGGGCGUCAUGCUGGGCUUUUAUCACUUGAGGUGGAGGAUAAGAAUGCUUCCCUGGAUGCAGUCCAGCGUGUUGGAUCAGAAAUUGCUAUGCACUUAGUUGCUGCCAAACCAUUGUUCCUAAGCAAGGAAGAUGUUUUUCCUCAUGCUUUAGAAAAUGAACGUGAUAUUCUCCGAUCUCAGGCAGAAAGUACAGGGAAGUCUCAGAUGGCCAUAGAUAAGAUGGUUGAAGGUCGUCUAAGAAAGUAUUACGAGGAAGUUGUUCUUCUGGAGCAAAAGUUUGUCGUAGAUGACACAAUUAACAUUAAGACACUAUUGAAUAACUUGUCCAAGGAAGUUGGAUCCACCGUGAAAAUCAAUACCUUUCUUAGAUUAGAAGUUGGAGAAGGCCUUGAAAGGCUUGAAGCAGCUAGUGGAACAGAUCCUGCAUCUCAGGUUGCUUAA